AGCGUUACCCUAAACAGGCCGAAGUCCAUUAAGCUAGAUAAGUUCUCCUGAUUCUUAGUUUUUCUGCUCAAACCGUGGAACACAAUGGACACAAUACCCGUUGUCGACUUUAAUGCGUACAAUCUCGGCGUUAAUAAUGUCCCUGACAAUAAACUGGUGAAGCUUGGAGAAGAAAUCAAAGCUGCUUUUACCGGAGUGGGGUUUGUUUACCUGAGGAAUUCAGGAAUCGAAGAUAAUGAGGUGACCAAUGUGAUGUCCAUUACCGAGAAGUUUUUCCUCCUCCCUGAAGAGAAGAAGAGACCAUUCAGUCGGGGAACCUUUCCUAAUGGGAACCAUGGCUGGAUCUCAUUAGAACAGGAGAGUUUGAAUCCUCGCUGUCCUGGAGACUUGAAGGAAGCCUUUAAUGUAACAUCUCUGAGUGCAAAAGAGUGGCCUACAGAAGGUGUCGAUGGGUUUCAUGGAAUCCAAGAGAAGUUCUUUCUGCGAUGUAAGGAGCUCUCUCUCCGUGUGCUGAGAGUGAUGGCUAUCGGCCUUGGUCUAGACCCCAGUGUCUUUAUCAAAGCCCACAAACUAAUUGGAAGUGAUGAGAAUGACAGUACUCUGCGCUCCCUGUAUUACCCUUUGGUGAAGAGUGAUAAUGUUAAGAAAGAUCAGAUCCGCUGUGGUGAACACUCUGACUAUGGUAGCAUCACCCUUGUUUUCCAAAGUCCUCAGGCUGGCCUGCAGGUUCGAAAUCGUAACAAGGAGUUUAUCUUAGCCCCAUACAUUCCUGGAACUGUUUUGGUGAACAUUGCUGACUUGAUGCAGAGGUGGACCAGUGAUGUGUUUGUAUCAGCUGUCCACAGGGUUCUGCUCCCUCCUCCAGGUGACUCAGGGAUACGGCAGAGUUUGGUUUUCUUUGUGCAGCCGGACAACGAGGCCAUGAUCACUUGCUGUGAUGGAUCAAACAAAUACCCUCCAGUGAAUGCUCUGGACUAUCUUCUGGAAAGAUUCAGGGACAGUUAUGGAAAAAAGUAAACUAUAGAAAUAGAUGUUAAACCACAGCUGGAACAGCAAUCGAAUCAUUUCACAAGUGUUAAGUAGAGCUUUAACCUAAUAUUUUAUAUUAUUAUUAAUAUUAAUUAAAUAAAUCAUGAAUAAUCUUAAAGUUAAUACAGGCACAUACUGUAUGAUCUUUAAUAUGUAAGUCUUCAAUAAUUAGUCUGUUCUCUAUUUUCAUCCUACUGUGUCCCUUCAUUUGAGCCUCCUUUUAAAUCAAGCUACAUGUGAAGUAAAGUUCCAGGCCAGAAGACUUUUCCAUCCACUAUUUUUUGUUAUUCAUCACCUUUUUAUAGACUUUGAAAGACUGUUUACCUUAUUAAUGGAUUUUAGUGGUUUUAUAGUUGGAGGGGAUAGUUGCACUCAUGCCUCAACAGUCCUCCUCUCUCUCUUUUAAUUGCAAUAGUUUGACUUAUGAAUAUGUUUCUUUGUGGAAUGUACUUACUUGUCAUUGUACUUACCUUAUUACCAGAUUGUUAUUUAUAGCAAAUGUUUGACAUUAUGUAUGGUUUACCUGCCUUUAACUGACAGGAGCUCAAUUUAGUUGUAAUAAAAUGGCAUGGUCUUCAUUCA